GAAACUCAUGCGAACCGGGAGAUCCGUGUGUGUCAAGGAUUUCAUACCGGGCAGAACCGAGCAAAACCGGGCUUCUCAUGCUGGAUCUGCGUGAAAGAUGGCGGAGUUAAGCGCGGUCCGACAGGAACUUAGGAGCAGAAAUCUGAGCAGUUCAUUCGGGGAGCUUCAGUCACCACAAAGAGAUGAGCAGAAACUGGCCGUGCCGUUCUGUGGAGGGAUCCGUGGAGGUCUGAGACCUGGCAAGAAGAUCACCAUCAUGGGUGUUGUGAGCGCAGAUCCGGACAGUUUUGACAUCAGUCUGACAUGCGGCUGUGCUGAUGUGGCUCUUGAUAUGUGUGUGCGGUUCGAGGAACGGGAGAUCCUGCGAAACGCCUGUGUGUCUGACCAGUGGGGUGACGAGGAGAGAUCGAUACCGUAUUUCCCCUUCAUCGCAGAGCAGCCCUUCAGGGUUGAGAUCCACUGUGAGCAUCCGCGUUUCCUCGUGCUUGUAGACGGUCAUCAGCUUUUCGACUUUUACCACCGCGUGAUGCCGCUGAACGCCAUCGACACCAUCCAGAUCAGCGGCAGCUUGACCAUCACCAAACUGAACUGAUCUCCAGCAAUACAGACUGUAAACCAGCAGAACAUUCGGCCAGAUCAACCCCAGAACCAUCAACAUGGAGGCUCUUCUUCAGCCGUGAGGAGGCUUCCAUUAUUAUGAGCAUCUCAAUUAUUAGGAUAUUAGCUGGAGUCAGUUCAUAAUGCACUGAAGAAUUCAACAUUUAAAAUAACUUGACUAUAAGGUUGAGUUUUGUUACUCUUAAAGGGACAGCUCACUCAAAAAUGAAACAUGUUGGGAGAAAAACAGCCAUUUUCUUCUAUAGUGUUUUUGUUCCUACAUUUAUUCAUUUUCCUUUGGUUUAGUCACCUAUUUAUCAGGGGUCGCCACAGCAGAAUGAACUGCCAACUGUUCCAGCAUAUGUUUUAUGCAGUGAAUGCCAUUCCAGCUGCAACCCAGUACUGGGAAACACCUAUACACUCUCACAUUCACACACAUACACACUACGGCCAAUUUAGUUCAUCAAUUCCCCUAUAGCGCAUGUGUUUGGACUGUUGAGGAAACCGGAGCACCCAGUGGUAACCCAACUUGAGGAGAACAUGCAAACUCCACACAGAAACACCAACUGACCCAGCUGGGACUCAAAUCAGUGACCUUCUUGCUGUAAGGCAAUAGUGCUAACCACUGAGCCUCCAUGCUGCCUUUGUUUAUGCACUGUUAAUUAAAAAACUCAACUUAAAAUUGUAAGGCAACUUGAUGAAGAGCUUUUUUUUUUGAUUGAUGUAUCUUAAAUCAAGUAAGGUGCAGUACUUAGGUUAAAAAUUGAGUCAACAAAAAAAAAACUGCAAGUCGCCUCAUAGUUUUAAGUUUAAUCAACUUUUUUUUUUUUUUUUUGCAGUUUAUAUGGAUGCUUUUUCCCCAAGAAAAUCCUGUUUUGUGUUCAACAGAAGAAUUGAAGUUUAAAACCACAUCAAUAUGAGGAAAUUAUGAGGAAUGUUUUUUUUUGGUGAACUGUCUCUUUAAGAACAAAAAGCAAUGCAUUUGUUACAGUGUGUGACACAUUCAUUCAUUCAUUCAUUCAUUCAUUUUCUUUUCAGUCGCCCUUUAUUAAUUAGGGGUUGCCACAGCGGGAUGGGGUAUAUGCCGAAGCAUGCUAACAGGACUUUUAAUUUGCCAGUAACCUGGGUUAAGGGCUUCCGGUGAACUGUAUGCUAGUGCAAAAACCGGCGAGUUUAAGGGCUGUUUUCUUUAAAAAUCACUGAUGUCCACUAGCUGUGUGAUAUCCGAUAUCCGGGUCUCAGAUUAUACAAGAUGCACUGCAUUAAAUUACAUUUCCCCCGCCAUGUCUUUAUAAUAUGAGGAUUUAUUUUACCCCACUAUAUUCAAUGGAGCUUCUGCGCUAGCCUGCCGUUUCUGACGGGCACGUGCGAGUAAACGGCUUUUUGUCUCGUUUUACGCUUGAGCAACUAAAUGAAUGCCAAAGUUUAUUUAACUGAAUGUAUUUUAAUGACAUUACAAUAUCGAUACUGUAAAAGGAACCGUAUAAAAUGGAGAAAAGUUCACAAUGACAGGUCACCGGAAGUUUAUCAGCAUGCUAGCUCGGCAUAUUCCCUAUCAACUCUUUUUCCACCAGCAUUUAUUUUAAAGAAUUAAAUAAAUUCUUGAGCAUUUUUGAUGAUUUUGACCUAAAUUUGACGGCCCUCUGAAUAUUUUCCGCUAUAAAUAUAUGACAGUAUUACAGUUGAAGUCAGAAUUAAUCACCCUCCUGCGAAUGUUUUGUUUCCUCUGUCAAAUAUUUCCCAAAUGAUGUUUAACAGAUUCAGGAAUUUUUGACAGUAUUUCCUAUAAUAUUUUUUCUUCUGGAUAAAGUCUUAUUUGAUUUAUUUCAACUAAAAUAAAGGCAGUUCUUAAUUUUUUAAACACCAUUUUAAGCUUAAUAUUAUUAGCCCCCUUAAGCAAUAUUAGUUUCAAUUACAGAACAAACCACUGUUAUACAAUGACUUGACUAAUUACACUAACUUUACUCUAAUUAACCUUAAAAUGUCAUUUUAAGAUGAAUACUAGUGUCUUGAAUACUAAUAUGUUGUAAAAUAUUAUGUGCCGUCAUCAUAGCAAAGAUAAAAGAAAUCACUUACUAGAAAUGAGUUAUUAAAUCUAUUGUGCUGAGAAAAUCUUCUGUCCAUUAAACAGAAAUUGGGGAAAAUAUAUAAAAGAAUUCAAACUUAUUAGGAGGGCUAGUAAUUCUGACUGUAACUGUAUAUAUCAAAAUAAAGAACAGAAGCAUUUUAUUAUAUCUUCAUGUGAUGAUUUCGCACCACCUGAAUGGAGAUAGGUUUCAUAAAAAAAUGCUUCCUUAACUACUUAACAAAUGCAAGCUUAUUGUGACAUGUUAAAAUAACUUACCUGCUUACUAACCGUCUAUUGUGUUCAUUUUUAGAGAAGUUAUAUUUGAAUUAAAGCAUGUUAAAAACACAAGUCAACAAAUCAAGCACAACAUUGCACUGAGAGGCCAGUUUUGAAAUCGUGUCAACUUUAUGGUGCAGAAAUGAAGAUAUAAGAUACACGUUGCAGUAAAUAGUGAUAGAAAUGAAGUCUUAAUAUAAAAGCACAAGCAGCUUAGCAGUUAAACGCAUUAAAGACAUUUAUUUAUUUUCUAGACAUGUGUUGAUAAACAGGGUGAUUUUGAGAUUUCGCGAGUGUUUAAUGAGAAUAGUGAUGUUAUAAUUCCAUUGACGUUCACUUAUAGCUAAUCAAGUGCAUUUACAAGGAAAUCCAUUAGGUGCUUCUGUUUCCUCCAGACCAGCAGGAAAUCAGGGAGAAAUCAUUGCAUUCCAGCGCUUUUUUGGUGUGUGUGUGUGUGUGUGUAUUUAUGAGUCACAGUGUGUCAUGUUAACAUAAUUCAUGUCCUCGUUAAUUAUUAAAAAGGCUUCUAAUUAAAGAAA